AUGUAUGGCUACAGCAUGGGAACAUUAAAUGUCUACACAAGGACCGCAGUGAAUGGAACUCUGAAUCUGAUAUUCACACGUUCAGGCAAUCAGGGUGAACGAUGGAUUCGCCAGGAUAUACCUCUAGCAGUUUCAUCCAAGUUUCAGGCAAUAUAUGAAUCUCAAGUAUAUAGCCCCAGCAUGUCGAUGAAUAAUCUUUCAAUGUUAAUUUCAGCCACUCUUCCCACUGCACCACCAGCAGUAUCAACAGCAUCACCAAAAUGUGGCAGCUCAAACUUUACCUGUGCUGAUGGCACCACCUGUAUUCCCAAGUCUUUGGUGUGCAACUUUGUGUCUGACUGCAAAGAUGGCUCUGAUGAGGCUAACUGUGGUAUGAUUUCAUGUUAA